AUGGUCAACGUCGAUGCCAAUGUCGCCGGCAUGGCACAUGAUUUGGCGCAGUCUCUGUUUCUUACAGGCUUUGCACCUCCGUUUCCACCUCGCCCUUCACUAUGCCCCGAUUUCAGGGAAGUAUCUUCUCGUACAGGUGAACUGCAAUAUAAUCCUGAGAUAGAGAAAACUGCUCGUGCAUUGAGAAAAGCAACAAGAGAACGAGCAGAGGCAUCCUCCUCAUCUACUGGACAUAAUUCAGUAGUAGAUUUUGUGGAUUCAUUUAGUGAGACGGAAGAGAUAGAUAGCACCAUGGCUAAUGAACGGACAUUGAGAGAAUUGGCUGCACCAGAUUUAAAUCAACAGCCUCUAUGCAUUACUUAUCCUACAUUAGAGGUUGCAUUUGAGUUAAAAUCUGGACUAAUCCAUUUACUUCCUUCUUUUCAUGGCUUACCAGGUGAAGAUCCCCACAAGCAUCUCAAAGAAUUCCAUGUGGUUUGCUCGACAAUGAAACCUCAGGGAGUCACAGAGGAGCAAAUUAAAUUAAGAGCCUUUCCAUUUUCCUUAGCCGAUAAAGCUAAGGAUUGGCUCUAUUAUCUGCCCUCUGGGUCAAUAUCCACAUGGACAGACAUGAAGAAGCAUUUUCUAGAAAAAUUCUUUCCUGCAUCCCGAGCUGCAAGCAUUAGGAAAGACAUCUGUGGAAUUCGACAAUUCAAUGGAGAGACUCUACAUGAAUAUUGGGAAAGAUUCAAGCAACUAUGUGCUAGUUGUCCUCAUCAUCAAAUUCCUGACCAACUCUUCAUCCAGUAUUUUUAUGAGGGUCUGUCCCAAACUGACAGAAGAAUUAUUGAUGCUGCCAGUGGGGGCUCCUUAGUGAAUAAAACACCCACGGAGGCAAGAAAUUUGAUAUCGAGUAUGGCUGCAAAUGCUCAACAAUUUGGAGACAGGCAGGAUAACACGACUCGUAGAGUCAAUGAGGUAAGUAAUUCUACAAUAGAGCAAAGAUUAGAUUGUCUAACUUCUUUGGUUGAAAAGUUAGCUAUAGGACAAAUGCAGCAAUUGAAAACAUGUGGAAUCUGCUAUGGUUCGAGUCAUCCAACAGAUAUGUGCCCCACACUCCAAGAUGAUUCGACUGAGCAGGCUAAUGCAGUUGGAUUUCCAGGACCACCUCAGAGACGGUAUGAUCCCUAUGCAAACACCUAUAAUCCAGGAUGGAGGGAUCAUCCUAAUUUUAAUUAUGCAGUAAGGCCACCAGGAUUUUCACAUCAGUCACAAUAUCAACCUAGACCUCAACUUUCACAGCAACAACCUGCUCCUAAAUCAGUCAAUAGAUUGGAAUCCCAAUUAUCUGGAAAGCUACCUUCGCAGACAAUUGUCAACCCCAAGCAAAAUGCUAGUGCCAUCACAUUAAGAAGUGGCAAAGAGUUGCCUGAGCCGAGCAAGAAAAUUUCUGAACAAGCAAUCGAGGAAGAGCUCGAAAAAGAGGGGAAUGUGUCUCAACCUAGAGCCUUGGAACAACCAGAUUUUGGAGAAAAAUCAACACAAGUGGUUACACCUCCGCCUCCAUUUCCUAGUCGACUGGCAAAGCCUUUAAAAGAGACGGGCGUAAUAAUUCAACUGGCUGAUCGAUCAAAUGCCUAUCCUGAUGGAGUUUUGGAGGAUAUUUUAGUGCAAAUUGAUAAUUUGAUUUUUCCUGCAGAUUUUUAUGUGCUUGAUAUGGAGGAUGAUAAUUCUAAUUCAUCUCCAAUACUGUUAGGGAGACCAUUUUUGAAAACUGCUAGAACAAAAAUUGAUCAAAAUUUUGAAUUUAAUAAUGACGAUGCGUUGAAGGUUGCUAUUUCUACUGAAUUUUCCAAUGUGUCUUACUUGGAAUUACCUCUGUCUCAUUCACAGCUUUUGCCAUCUAUUGUGCAAGCCCCGAAGGUGGAAUUAAAGCAGUUACCGGAUAAUUUAAAGUAUGCAUUCUUGGGAGAUGGAGAUACACUCCCAGUAAUAAUUUCCAGUAAAUUGACUGCUUUAGAGGAAGAAAAACUAAUUCGGGUGUUGAAGGACCACAAGGAGAAAGAAGUUUUAAAACUUCUUGACACAGGUAUAAUCUAUCCCAUUUCGGAUAGUAAGUGGGUAAGUCCUGUUCAAGUAGUUCCUAAAAAGACAGGAAUUACUGUUAUUGAAAAUCCUAAAGGUGAGUUAGUGCCCACUCGAGUUCAAAAUGGGUGGAGAGUUUGUACCGAUUUUAGAAAAUUAAAUGCAUUAACUCGUAAAGAUCAUUUUCCAUUGCCUUUUAUUGAUCAGAUGUUGGAAAGGUUGGCAGGAAAAUCUCAUUAUUGCUGUCUUGAUGGUUUUUCAGGUUUUCUACAAAUUCCAGUGGCGCCUGAAGAUCAAGAGAAAACCACAUUUACUUGCCCUUUUGGUACAUUUGCCUAUAGACGAAUGCCUUUUGGUCUUUGUAAUGCGCCUGCUACAUUCCAAAGGUGUAUGGUUAGUAUAUUUUCUGAUUAUGUGGAGAAUAUCAUAGAAGUGUUUAUGGAUGAUUUUACUGUCUAUGGUAAUUCUUUUGAUGAAUGUUUAACUAACCUCACAAAAAUUCUUAAAAGGUGCAUUGAGACUAAUCUUGUUUUAAAUUAUGAGAAAUGCCAUUUUAUGGUGGACCAAGGCAUAAUUUUAGGCCAUGUGGUAUCUGCAAAAGGAAUUGAGGUAGAUAAGGCUAAGGUAGAAAUUAUCAAAUGUUUACCUUACCCUGCAAGUGUGCGGGAAGUUCGCUCUUUUCUUGGCCAUGCAGGUUUUUAUAGGCGUUUCAUCAAAGAUUUUUCA